UCCUCUUUCUUGUUCUUCUUCUUCCUCUUUCAUUCCUCUCCAAAACUUUUCUCUCCAUAAUUUGACGAGAACAUGGCGAAUGCUGCAUCUGGAAUGGCGGUCCAUGACGACUGUAAGCUUAAGUUCUUGGAGCUAAAGAAGAGGAACUUCCGAUUCAUAACAUUCAAGAUUCAGGAUCAACAGGUGGUUGUAGACAAAGUGGGGAAUCCUGAAGAAUCCUAUGAAGAUUUCACUGCAUCCCUUCCUGAUAAUGAGUGCCGCUAUGCUGUCUAUGAUUUUGACUUCACCACAAAUGAGAACUGCCAGAAAAGCAAAAUCUUCUUCAUUGCCUGGGCACCUGAUAUAUCAAAGGUGAGGAAUAAGAUGGUGUAUGCGAGCUCCAAGGACAGAUUCAAGAGGGAGUUAGAUGGAAUUCAAGUGGAGUUGCAGGCAACCGAUCCAAGUGAAAUGAGCCUUGACAUUGUAAAAGCUCGGGCACUCUAAAAUGACGCCAUCGCUUUUCUUCUUCAUGGAAUGUUCACCCUAUGAGUGUUGUUUAUUUGUAUUCUUAAUAUUUUUUUUCGUUAAAUAUAUCCCUCCUUUAACU